AAUUAUUCCCUCACGGUUUUGCGCGUGUAUAUAUCUUAAGAUGAGGCUAAAUGCAUUAAAUAUUAAACAAACCCACUGGACUGCUAAGUCCACGGUGCGCGUGAAAUGCUGGAGGGAAAAGUUGUCGCGCUAAACAAUUAGCUAGCGUUAGCUUAGCGGUUAGCGCUUAGCACUUAGCGUGCUAGCAUAAGCAAGCCGAAACAACAGUUAGCCAAAUAGGUAUGCCGCGUUUUAGACGAAUAACUAGGUGUAGCGUUGAAUUUAUAGAAUUUUUGUUUGACUCGCUACCAAAUGACGUUUUUAUAUAGCUAGCUAGUCCAGUGCUAGUUAACGUGUGUUAGCCGGUUAUGCUAAAUCGAGUUUGUGCGGAUCCAGAAGCUUUUUUUCCUUCCCUCUCCUCCGCAAAGCGCGGAUUCAGUCUCAAAUCCUCGCGUGCGCAGUGCACAAGCGCACUAUCCCAGCGUGUGAAUGAACGGCACGUGCGCCCUACGUAGUGCACUACACGACAAAUCGGAGCGUAUUUUGGGACCGAGCCCGCUAACUAGCCUUGCAACUUGCUCGGCUAACUUCUCAUGAAUGACAACGGAGCGUUGUAAUUUUGGUUAGACUAGCUAACGCCUUUUAUAUAUUAUAUUUUAAAUUAAAUAAAAUUUGCAUUGUUAUUUUCAUGUAAGCUGUGUCACGGAAUGAAAUCAUUUUGUGCGUUUGUAGUGUUUUUUUUCCGUUGUCAAUGCGGUUGCUAGUUUAGCAGGUCGUGAGGUGUUAGCUAGCAACACGUUUGUUUUUGUUCACUUUAGCCGGAGGGUUGAAGCGUUAAAUGUUUAUUCAGUGAGGUUUAUAUGUUUUAAUGUGUGUUAAUUAUGAAGUGAAGUGAGUGCUCGUCUCGUAAGUGGGGUUCUGAGCUCUAAAAACCCGGCUUACACACACACACACACACACAGAGCACAAGGGGCCUGAUGAAUGAUAAACCAGGAGACUCUUCUGUUUUUGCACAGUGAAAUGAUUUCCUAGUCAGGAAUAAAGGUGCCCGUAUUCUGCCGCAGAGGAGAGCACCACGAUGAGGAGUCAGUAGGCACCCUCCAUAGUAUGGCCGCGUCCCGUUCUUCGCGUGUCACAAGAUCAUCAGUGGGGUUAAAUGGAUUGGACGAGAACUUUUGUGGCCGAACCCUCAGGAACCGCAGCAUUGCACAGCCGGAGGAGACCUCGCCUCCUCCCACACCCAGAACUCGCUUGCCCUCGAAGAAGCAGGACUGCCAGCAGAACCAGCAGGCCGGGACUCAAUCGGGGAAGGUAGCUGAAGGAGAGUCCUUGCCUACCCACAGGAAACGGGGCCUGUCUGUCUCUGAGAAGGACGAGCCGGAGAAAUCGGACGCCUCUGAAAGAGUUCGAGCUGGGGGAGGACAAGAAGCCUCCCCUUCCCAGAAGAGGGCUAAGCGGUGCUCUUGCUCAGGGGAAUCCCAAGGAACUGAGGAGGAACCUUCUCCCAAACCUGAGAGCCCUGAUCCGGCUGCAGCCAAGGGCAACGAUGAGGACUCUAAAUCGGACUUUGCUUCAAACUCGCCCUCGGAUUCGGGCUUGGCGCUGUCUGUCAGCCUCGACAAAGAGUGCGAGGAGGAAAAGGACGAGGACAAGAAGGAACGCGGUCCUUCUUUGCCAGCCAGCGAAUCCCACAAGGCGACCAAUGGCCUGGCUGAGGUCCAUAAGGAUGACUUAGAAUCUGCAGCCUUGCCUGCAGAGCCCUGUGCCUGCCCCACCACGCUCACGAACAGUCCCUCGCUGCCCAAUGGCAGCCAAGUGGCAGCUUCAACCCUGGACCCCAUUGUGCCUUGUACAUCCCCGCUUCUUAAACAGGUGGACGAGUCCAAUGGCCUUCAGGCCGACAGAGAGAGGAACUGCUCAGCUGAAGAGGCCUCUGAAGCUGUUCUGUCUCUGGAACCGGAGGUCGAGGUUGAAGUAGACGUGGUCGGGGACACUGGCCAGGUCCAGGACGAGCACGUGGCUGAGGAGAGCAUUAACGGUGGCCUGCUUGUGGAUCUGCAGGACCCUUCAGACGAUUGCUCAAAUAUCUCAGGGGAAACAGCAGGGCUGACCUCCCAGCUUCCCGCGGAGCCGCCUUCCUUCACGGAGCCUCAAGAGCAUAGAUACACCUUGAGGACUUCCCCUCGCCGCACUUCCUGUGUUAGUGGGCCAAGAUGCAGCUCCCCCAAGCCUGGUUCCCCCCACGCGGAUAACGGAUUACUGAAGGAGGAGGUUGCGGUGGUUCCUCUUGACUUGGAUGACUCGGCCUGCCAUAAAGAACCUCCGACUGACAGGCCGAGUCUUGUUAGCGAGGCAGACAGCGAACUCUGUGAACACAUAGGGGCCAAGGUCAGUGAAGAUACUGGCCUGUUGGAUAGUAGAGGUUCCAGAUCCACCAAAGAGCCAUCAGUCGGGCAGGCCGAGGAGGAAGAGGCGGAGGAGGACGAUCCUGAUGUCUACUAUUUCGAGUCUGAUCACUUGGCUCUCAAACACAACAAAGACUAUCAGAGACUGCUCCAGACCAUCGGCGUAUUGGAGGCCCAGAGAAAUCGGGCCAUCCUGGAUCUGGAGGCACUGACUCGCCACCAGAAGCAGGCCCUGGCCAACCCCAUUGCCUUCGUGGACCAGCUUCAGAAACAGGUGGAGUUGGGCUUGCCCUGUCCGCAGAGAGUCGUCCAGCUCCCCGAAAUCGCAUGGGACCAAUACACCUCAGGCCGCAGUGAAUUCGAAAGGGACUUUUGUGACAAGAAGCGCAAGACAAGGCGGUUGAAGUUAAUCUUCGACAAAGUGGGCUUACCGGCAAGACCAAAAAGUCCGACCGAUUCCAAGAAGGAGAGCGACGUCUCGGCUCUGUACUCGUCUCUGCCUUCCAGCGACGCCCCGGAACACGGCACGCUCGGAAACAGGACACAGAUGAUCAGAGGGAGACCGUAUCACCAGAACAAACCAGACACGUUUAACCAGCUGUGGACGGUGGAGGAGCAGAAAAAGCUGGAGCAGCUUCUCCUCAAGUUCCCCCCUGAGGAGGUGGAGUCUAAACGAUGGCAGAAGAUCGCAGACGAGCUGGGGAACAGGACGGCCAAACAGGUCGCCAGUCGAGUGCAAAAGUAUUUCAUUAAACUGACGAAGGCGGGAAUUCCAGUCCCAGGGCGAACUCCAAACCUGUGCAUGUACAGCAAAAAGACCUCGAAUAAGAGGCAGCACCACCUGAACAAGCACCUGUACCGGCCGUCCACCUUCCUCACGUCCUACGAGCCGCCCGUCUACAUGGAGGACGAGGACGAGCGCUCGAGCUUCAUCAGCAGCCUGCAGGACGGCGCGGCCCACGAUUCGGAUGAGGAUGGUGUCCCGGUGGAGCUGAGGCACCUGCCAGAGUACAAAGAGCUACAGGAGCUGAAAAGACUCAGGAAGCAGAAGAUCCACGAGCUCCAGAGCGAGAGCACCCUCACACAGCACAUAGGCUACAAGUGUGAUAUGUGUGGCGUCGAGCCAAUCCAGGGCGUGCGGUGGCACUGCCAGGACUGCCCGCAGGACAGUGCCGUCGACUUCUGCGCCAACUGCGCCGACUGUGCGUUUAAGACGGACACACACACGCCGAGUCACCGCCUGGAGCCGGUCCAGCAGGCCGAGAGCUUCCUGGACAGAGACUACUGCCUGCCUGCGAGCGCCGCCUACAACUACCUGGACCCCAACUACUUCCCGGCCAACAGAUGACAGGAGCGAGGCAGGGCCGCUCGAACCCGGGGCCGGACUCGCUUCGUCCACUCACCAGAGGCAGAUCCGCUUACAGCAGGAGGACCCUGAACCACCGCUCUGCUCGAGCUCACACGCCAUCUUCAACGCAAAAGGGAGGGAGCAACGUCCCAGAUCGUCUCCACUCCCUUUCACCUAGCUGCUGUCAGGCCUUCGUGUGUGUGUGUGUGUGUGUGUGUGUGUGUGUGUGUGUGUGUGUGUGUGUGUGUGUGUGUGAGAGGGUGGAGAUGAAAAGGGACUCGGUGCUGACUUUCCAUUCACGCCAGGUUUUUAACCAGGAGGAUUUGCUAACAAAUCAGACGUUCUUAAUUUACAGACCCUGAACACACACUUUUACUAGAAGCUGCUUGUUUUUGUUUUUGUUUGUUUUUUUGUUUUUUUUUCCCUCCCUUCUCACACGCCCAGACCUUACAUCAUGAUGUCGAUCAUGUUUUUGAUCAUUUUGAUAUAUAUAUUUUUUUUUUUUAUGUUAAAGCUCCAGCCCAUGAAGCACUACAGCACGGAAAAGACCAGCUGAGAGACGCACUUGGUAGGUGUGAAUAGCGUAUGGGGUGUCGUUUUCUUUCUCUCUCUGUCUUUCUCUCUCCCGCUCUCCCUCUCAUCCCUUCUUCUCGGUGUGUACUGUCGUCGAUCAUGUGAAGUAUACAAACGUACGGUGAAUCUAGCCAGUGGUAGGUGCUGUGCCAUUUUUUGUUCUUCCAUUCUUCCAUUCUUCUUCUUUUUUUUUUUUUUUUUUUUUUUUUUUUUUUUUUUUUUUUUUAAGCGUCCGGAUGAUUCCAUGUCACUCGUUUUAGGAAAAAAAGAAAAAGAAAGGAAAAAAAUGAAAUGGUGGGAAAAUCUGCCCAAUCAUCACACUUCAUUUUUUUUUUCCCCCCCUGCCUCAUGGUCCAUGAAAAAAAAGUGUAUUUUUAUUAAUCUAUUUAAACGGCAAUGAUGCCAGAAAAGAUGAUAUGGAGGUGGUGGCCGUCGUCGUCGCUGCAGCGCUCCACCCGUUGUUAUUUUAUACACACAGAUUUUGUUGUGCUUUCACGUAGACCAUUUUGUAUUGGAUUUAGUUUUGUCCCUCCCCCCCCUUUCUCUCUUUUUGCCCUCCCUUCCCGUCCCUUCCCCUCCCCUGCUUCAAUAUCAGUGUAUAACAGUCUGUUCUUAAAUAAUGUUCACAUGUUAGAGGAGAACUGUGGAAAUAAAAGUAUGUGAAAAGUCUUUCUACA